GGGACCCGAGGGAGGGAGGGAGGGAGGCUGAGGAAGAAGAGCCCCCGCCGCCGCCCCCUCGGCUUCCUGGCUCCUGGCUCGAAUGGCCCCCUUCUCUCGGGGAGGAGGCCUCGGGGGUCCCUGGCAGCCCAGGCCUUUCCAGGCUCCAGACGAAGCCGACCUUCAAGCCACUGGCGGGGCCCAGGCUCUCUCUCUCUCUCGGGGUGGCUUGGGCUUCCCAGCAGCAGCAGCCUCUGGAAGAGAAGGCCCCAGCAGCGAGGGGCCUUUGGGCUUCUUCCCCCGGCCGGAGGGCCCAGUGUUGGGGGCUGUGGGGGCGCCUGCCUUCUUCCAGCUGUUUCCGACUUGGGGGGCUUCCUUGGCCAGCUCUGUCCCAGGGAGGAGGCUUGCCCUGGGCCUGGGGCUGAGGCUGAGGCUGAGGCAGGUCUCCAGACAGACAGACAGGUUUUCAUGAAGGUUGAGAGAAGGUCAAGAGGGGAGAGGAGGACCAGAGCCCUCCUGAAAGGCUUGAAGGGAGGUCAGGUGCAGGAGCUCCAGCAAAAGAGAGGCCAGCUCAGCAUCAGGAGGACCUUCCUGAUCCUGAGGUCUCCCUCCUUGGAGGCUGGAUGGCCCUCUGUCUCUCUCUCUCAGGGGAUGCUUUGAGGGAGAGUUCCUGCAGGGCAGAAGAAGAAGAAGAAGGGCCUUGGACGGGAUCAGGGCCCUUCUUUUUGGGCUCUCUUCCAAUCCUAGGAUUCUAAUGGCUGUUUUCAGGUCUUUUUCAGGUCUUUAGCCGCCUGGGCUCCCAGGUUAAGAGAAAGGCGGGAUAAAAAUAACAUCAUCAUCAUCAUCAUCAUCAUUAAUAAUAAUACUUUUAUGUGUUUUAAUUUUUUCUAAAGUUGCCUUAACAUAAAUGUUAAAUGUUAAUAAAUACGGCCACAAUGUAGUAGACCUGAAACGGUCGGACGGAGGGCAGACAAACCUUGGGUGAUGAUGGCGGCCGCACUGCUGAAAUGAAGCAGUUUGAUGCCGCUGGCGCUUUCUUGGCUUAGUGCCAUGGGAUCUCCUUGUGGCGCCAGGGCUUCAGGAGGAGCUAUUUCUGCAGGGCAGACUCAGCCUUAGAGGAUGCCAUCCACAGGGGCCUCUGCCACCAAGAGAGCUUUUGCUGGCCAAGAGAAACGGAAGGGCUACUUUUCCAAGCUGCGCUUGCGGGAUAAAUGUUCUGCCUUAAUAUUGGAGCAAGGAGCACCGACCCAGUCAAUGGGGGCUGGCAGCAUGCGCCUCCAGGAGAGAGCAAAGGGAGGGAAGGCUCAAUAGGCUGCCUCAAUGGAAGUAUGGCCAGGCCUCACUUGGAAUAACCCUGUCUCCAGUUCUGGGCCCCAUAAUUCAAAAAGGAUAUGAAGACGCUGGAGCAGGUCCAAAGGAGGGCCAGCAAACGGGGGAAUCUGAGCCCUUGAGGCUCUCACUCCAGAACCCGGAGCGGCCAGCCAGAUGUUCCAAUGCAAGAGGCAGCUCUCCAUGGAUUCUUCACAGUUUGAAUCUGCUUUCAUGACAUUUUAAUUUCUUCAUUAAAUACAUAUGUACCUUUUUUGGAAGUAAAGCAGGUCUGCAAGGGCUCCCCACGGCCGCAGCCCCAUGGCGUCCCGCAUCCUGCACCGCCUGAGACACGCACUGACUGGGGAAGGCGAGCAGGACGGACUGGCUGGCUGCAGCUUGGAGGCCGAAGAGUUCCCAGAGAGUUCUGAGCUGGAGGACGACACGGAGGGCCUCUCGACACGGCUGAGCGGGACCCUGAGCUUCACCAGCAAUGACAAAGAGGAGGAGGAAGGAGAGGAAGAAGAGGAGGAAGGGGGGACCCCCACUGUGGCUAGACAGAGCCAGGGGGGACCCCUAGAUCCUGGGCUCCUUGGAGAGGAUGCAGAGAAUGGAGAGCACAGCCCUCCCUCGCCUGAGCGCCGGGGCAGCAACAUGCUCACGAGGCAGCUGCAGGAGCUCUGGCGGAAAUCCCGGGGCAGCUUCAUACCCCAGCGCCUCCUGUUCGAGGUUACCAGCGCCAGUGUGGUCAACGAGCGCAACUCCAAGUACGUGCUCUACACCAUCUACUUGAUCCAGGCGGGGCAGUUUGACAAGGCGCCCGCCACCAUCUCCCGCCGCUACUCAGACUUUGAGCGGCUGAACCGACACUUGCGCCGGCGCUUCGGGGCUGACAUGGUGGACAUCUCCUUCCCCCGGAAGCGGCUAAGGCGCAACUUCACCGCAGAAACCAUUGCCAAGCGGAGCCGGGCUUUUGAGCAGUUCCUCUCCCACUUGCACUCCUUGUCAGAGGUUCGGCGCUCAGCUGAGUACCUGGAGUUCUUCUUCCUAGAGGACCUGCGGGAAGCGCAGCACAUGACUUGCAGUGGCUUGUACCGGGAGGCCCUGGUGGCCUGGACCAACGCCCACCGGCUUCAGGAGAAGCUGGGUGCUAGCCACUCGGGGCACUUUCUGCUGACCCUGGCCGGUCUGGCGGUGUGCCAUCAGGAGCUGGAGCAAUUUGACAAUGCCUAUGCCUCCUGUGAACAGGCCCUGCGUCUCCUGGGGGCCCAAGAGAGCCACACGCUCCUGGUCCCCUUCUUGCAGACUCAUGUCCACCUGGCCUGGACUCUGGGCAAGGACAAGAGGGAGGCUGAGGCCCGCCUCCAAGGCCUGCAAGUAGCCCAUGGAGGAGGGCUGCUCCCAUCGCCCACCCUGAAGGAGCUGCUCAUCAAACAGCCCCUGCCCUGAGAGGAAGGAAGGGGCGGCUGCGGCCUAGCUAGCGUAGCGCCAGAGAGGAGCCAGCAGUUGGGGAGUGAGCAGGAAUCAAACAGACGUGGGUGAUUUGGACCCUCUCCUCUUGGAACCCCAGCCUCUGAGAGCCAGGACCCCUCUGGUUCCUUGGUCUGAGUGGAAACAGCUGCUGCUGCCAGGAUUAGCCCAGAGACGCCGCGCCUGUGUAGUACAGGGAUUCAGUGCUUCCUUCUCUUUUGAGAAGGAAUUGUAGCAUGGCUUGAAGAUUUGACAAGAAAAAGGGAAGAUAGCACUUGCCACAAGCAUCUUGGACAGAGGUGCGGCAGGUGGGAUAGCGGUCUUAUGAACUGUGAUGUUGCUGCUCACUGGACUCAUAUAUAUGGAUGGAUUGCACUGCAACCACCACAAGAUGGGAUAUUAGGGAAAAGGUAAUGGGGGGAGUGGGUUGGAGGGGGGAUGUAACACCAUGAUUUUUUUGUCCCCUUCCUUCCAUGGGGGAAGGAAGGGUCCCUGAUUACUCACUUACACACACACACACCCUGCACCCCCAAGAGACCAGAGCCUUGCAGGGAGCUUCAGUCACUUUAUUGGUAAUCUGGAAAGCCACGGGCCAGUCUGUAAUUAACAUGCCCAAUAAAAACCACACAAUCUGUACUGCCA